AGAAGAACCUUCUUUAAUCCUCCAUAUAACUCUCUCAGCGCAAUCCAUCCAAAAUGGGGAAAAUCAAGAAGAAGGGAACCACUGGCCAGGCCAAAAACUAUAUUACUAGGACACAAGCCGUUCGCAAGCUUCAGAUUUCCUUGCCUGACUUCCGUCGGCUAUGCAUCUUUAAAGGCAUCUACCCCCGUGAGCCUCGCAAUAAGAAGAAGGCUGCCAAAAGUUCGACUGCCAGUACUACUUUCUACUACACGAAAGACAUUCAAUAUCUGCUGCAUGAGCCUCUCCUUCGCAAAUUCCGUGACCAGAAAGCCCUCGCGAAAAAGAUUGCUCGGUCCCUGGGACGUGGAGAAGUGAGCGACGCAGCUCGCUUGGAGAAGAACCAUGCGCCAAAGCUCUCUCUGGACCAUAUUAUCAAGGAGCGCUACCCGACUUUCAUCGACGCUCUGAGGGAUUUGGACGAUGCUCUGUCGCUUCUGUUCCUCUUCGCCAACCUUCCCUCUACUGCACAUGUACCUCCCAAGACUAUCGCCCUCUGCCAACGAGUUUGCCAUGAGUUCCAGCACUAUCUGAUCGUCACUAACUCCCUGCGCAAAUCGUUCCUUUCAAUCAAGGGUAUUUACUACCAAGCGACCAUUCAAGGACAGGAUAUUAUGUGGCUAGUACCUUAUCGAUUCGUUCAGCGGGUCAACGGAGAUGUCGAUUAUCGUAUUAUGGCUACCUUUGUCGACUUCUACACCACUCUGCUAGGAUUUGUGAACUUUCGCCUGUAUUCCUCCAUUGGCAUCAGAUACCCACCUAAAUUCGAUACCAGAAGUGAUGAGAAUGGCGCCGAGUUAGCGGCAUUCACUCUGGAAGGACGCUCAGUGGGCGAGCCACCCAAGGCCAUCGAAGGUACCAAGCAAAAGAACAAUUCAGCCAAUAUGGAAGUGUCUCGGGAUGUUCAGGCCAAGGUUGACGAGGUAAUCAAGUCUGCCGGUCUGGACCAAACGAAGGAUGAUCAAGCCGUUGAGGCGACUGAGGAAUCCACUGAAGCAAUUGAUAAGUUCGAGCCCGCUGCUCCCGAGGCUGACACACUCCUCCAACCCGAUAUCAGCGGAGAAACUGCUGGUUCUCUGUUUGCCCCGUUUACGUUCUAUAUCUCUCGAGAGGCUCCUAAGGCUCCGCUAGAGUUUAUUCUGCGUGCCUUUGGUAGCAAGCGGAUCGGCUGGGACGCUGUUCUUGGUGAUGGAGCUUUCACACAUGAUGAAACGGAUACUCGCAUCACUCACCAAAUUGUCGAUCGUCCUGCGUUGCCCGAGUCCUCGCUUCCCACCGUCCCAGCCGCCUCUGAGAAUGGUGCUGGCGCUGUUCAAAAGGUCAAGCCCGGUACUCGUAUUCCCGGCAGAACAUACAUUCAGCCCCAGUGGAUCUGGGACUGCAUCAAUGAAGGAAAGCUUCUUCGCCCUGACCUGUAUGCCCCAGGUGCCACCCUUCCUCCUCAUUUGAGCCCGUGGGUCAAGCCUACGAGGGGUGCAUAUGACCCUCGCGCUAGCUUGGCUGAACAAGAAGAGGAAGGUGAGGCUGAAAUUGCAGCUGAGGAAGAGGAAGAAGAGGAAGAGGAAGAAGAGGAAGAGGAAGAAGAGGUAGACUCUGAUGAAGAAAUGGAUGAAGCCACCGACGAGAAGAAGGCGGGCGCCAAGGGCAAGGGCAAAAAUUCGGUUGAUGACGAAAGUGAGGGUGACGAUGAUUCUGUUGAUGGAGGUAUGGAUGUUGCUGGUACCGACGACGACGAGGAUGAAAGCGAAGAUGAGGAGGAUGACUUCGGUGGAUUCGAGGAUGAAGCUGCUUCCGAAUCGGAGGACGAAGAGGAAGUCGCCCGCACCCAGCAUCAAAAGGAACUUGAGGCUGAGGCUGCUGGUGUUCCUUUCUCGUCGACUGCGGCCAGCAAGGAUUCGUCAAAGAAGAAGUCUUCCCAGGCUAAGAAGAUGGCUUCUAAGAAGCGUCAGGAAGAGGAAGAAUUGGAGAGGCAGAAGAUGAUGAUGAGCCGCAAGAAGCGGAAGUUGCUGGAGAAGAUGAUGUACUCGAACAAGAAGCAGUCGGAAGAGGCGGCGAAGCUGCGCUCCAAGCGGAGAAAGCUUGAAAAGGGUGCAUAGAAAUAAUGUAACAUAAAAAGUUGACCGUUUCUGAGAAUGAUAUCCUUGUUUGGAUUUUUUGGUGAUAGCCAACAAUAUGGCGUUCUGAUUCAAUAUUUGUUCAUAGCAGUCAAUUUACGUAGAUAGAUAGAUAUGCUAUAAUUCU